CUAACCCUAGCGAUCCACCCCUCUCUCUCUCGCAUAGCUAACCCUAGCUCCCCUCCCCUUCCCUCGCGCAGCCGCCACCCACCUCUUCCUUUCUCGAUUCCCACCCACAUCGCCGCCGCCGGCCUACGCCCUCCCCCACACCACCGCCCUGAAACCCCCUCCUCACCUUCUCUCCCCGGUCGAGCAGCAGCAGGUGAGGCGGGAGGCGGCAGCCAGAUCCACCGCGUUGCUUCCGGAUCCGCGCCCUCCCUACCACCGAUUCAUCUCCAAUCCGCGCCCGGAUGCCCAAGCCUCGAUCUCCUGCUCGCGACCAGCUCCGUCCUCACCUCCGGCCAAAUCCGCCCACCCGCAACCCAACCUUCCGUCCUCACCCAACCCACCUCCGGGAUCCACCAUGACACACACCUCCUCACCUCGUCUCUUCUCCUUCCAAGAUCCACCACGCCACGGUCGCCAUGGGCCUGGACGGCGCACCGGCCUGCUCCAUCCCCACUCAAAAUCUCGAGCGUAUGUGCGUGGGGAGACGGCGGCCAGAAUGACCGGAUUCGCGCCGUCGUCAAGGGCACCUGGCGCCAUGGAGUGGAGCUGCCUGGGACGCCGCUCCUUCGUCAAGGACAAGCAGCAGCAGCCGGCGCCAUCCAGGACUCCACUCAGGGAGGAGGACGGCGCCGGCGGUGAGCUGGAGGAGGAGGUGUUCGACGUCGUGGCGGAUCGCGCACUGGCGCUCCCCCAGGCCCACUGGUCUGUCCAGCGAUCGCGCGGCGCAGAGUGUUGGGGUGGAUCGCCGGCGGAUUCGAUUCGGGCCCCCGGGCAUGGAGCGUCGCGGGUUGCUCAAGGCGGUUCUACUGGCGUCGUGCUUGCUCGUGGUUUGCUCCGGGAGAGUACCUACGGUUAUACAUCAGCCAUCCACUACCAUAUACAACUCAACCCUUGCCGGUCAUCGACAGGAAGGCCGGCUACUCCUUCGUUUACCCUUUCGGAUGGCAGAGGUGUCUGUGCAAGGGCAGGACAAGGUGUACAAGGACGUGAUCGAGCCGCUGGAGAGCGUCAGCAUCAACAUGAUCCCCACCACCAAGGAAGACAUCCGUGACCUCGGCCCGCCCGACCCCGCCACCCGCGAGUGGACCUCAAGACUACCAUGUACCACGCCGAUGACGUCCUUGACGACUUCCGCUAUGAGGUGCUGCGCCGCCGUGCAACCCAGAUCCACCGCCGUUGCUGCACUGCUCGCAAGCUAUGAAGAAGUAAAAGCAAAGGGGUCGGAGAAUUUCGACAGGGAGCUUGAGGACAUGAUAGACAGGCUCAUCGUGGAGUGCGAGCGGAAAAUCCAGGGGGUGCUCAAACGCCUCACCGACGAGGAUGCCAAGGCUGCUAUCGCAAUAUCUGUCUCCGAGGUCCCUCAGUCUGAAGAGGUUGCGCAGUUGUCAAAAGAAAUCAAGGAGAAAAUGAAAGAAGCUGAUAUCUUCGAUUUUGAAGGUAUUGAAGCACAGCCUUUGUACCAAACCUGCAAAAUGCUAGUAUAAGAUUCUUAGAUAAGGAGGGCUCCAGGCGCUCAAACAAUUUCAACUACAAGCAGGUCCGCGGAUCCUCCUGUGUCCCCCUUUUCUCUGGUUUAUGAUUCCCAACAUUUCCUACCUCCCAUUGGCGAUGCCCGGCUCUGCUUGGGUUCCUGGGAAGUCGUGCCAAUUUGAUGUCAUGUGAUGCUGCUGAUAAGUCUGAAAUUUUGCCAGCCCAAAAUCUAGGCGUCCCAGUUUCGUUGUAGGUAAAGGUUUUCAAAUGUUGAAGGAGGAGGACAAUAGGAACUUCUGUGAUGUCUUAUCAUCUAUUUUUUUCUUUGCUGUAGAAUAGUUUUGUUCGGCACUUAUUGGUUCCUUGGAUGUGAAGAUAUGUACUGCUAGAAUGAAUGGUUGUAAUAUUAGAAAUAUUAUAUUUUGGGCUACGAUACCCUUCACAUUGCUUUGAAAAUGUAUCGGAACUGGGCUAGGCCCAAGAUAGCGUGUAGUGUGAUGUGUUGUAAUUUCAAUGGCAUAAUAAUUUUUUUGAAUUGGAUCAA